CAAAGUGCACAGCCUCGCAGAGCGUCCCAGCAUCCUGGCCAAUCCCCACCAUAACGCUAACAAGGACCACUCGCCCAUUGCUGUUCGCACUCCUGUCAUAUAACCGCUGGCUGCGAUGUAUUGAUAUCCCCGGCCGCCUCUCCUCCCCUACUAACCAACUUUCUUAUAUCUCUUUCCCCUCUUCUAUCGCAUCCUCUCUCUUCCUUACCCCGCCAUCGCCUCUCCACAAAACAACAUGGCGGUACCCACACCUCCCAUCCCGCCUGUGUCGCCGGACUCGGGCCCUACCGACCCUACCCUCCCCAAGCUUCCUGCUGGAUGGAUAGCGCAGUGGGAUAACUCGUCACGAAAGUAUUAUUAUGUCCAAAUCAGCACCGGCGUCUCGCAAUGGGAACUGCCCACCAGCGAAGCCCCCGUAGGCGGCUCCUCCAACCACAGCACCCCGGCGCAAUCAACGAAUCCAUACAACGUACCCGGCACAUCAGGUCCAGACGGCGCGGGCGAUGGAACAAGAGGCAUGGGCGACGGCCCGACUGGAGACAGGGCAGGCGGACUGGGUGGCUUUGCGAUGAACGCGCUUAUGGGAAACAAGCAGAGUGGUAGUGGAGGCCAUGGCGGCGGCGGCUCGGGAAACCUCGUUGGCCAACUCGCGGGGAGUUUCUUGGGCAGUGGGAAACAACAUGGCGGUUCUUCUGGCGGACACUCUGGUGGCGGUGGCGGUGCCGGCAACCUUGUUGGACAGCUUGCUAGCGGUCUGCUAGGUGGUGGGAAGCAGCACGGAAGUUCGUCUGGAGGUCAACAUGGUGGCAGUUCUUCCGGAGGCGGGCUUGGAGGCAUGCUUGGGAGCGUACUCGGUGGUGGUGGAUCGCACAACAAGCCAAACAACGGCGCUGGCGACUACGGCUACUCUGGUGCCUCUUCAGGCGGAACCUACACCGGCACCGCACCACCAACUUCCUACAACCACAGCGCUCAAGGCGGCCAAUACGGCAGCGGUGCUCCGAGUCACGGACAACAAUAUGGCCAGGGUCAACCCCACGGCGGCUACGGCGGCUCACAACAACACACUCCCCAGCCACAGCACGGUGGCCAGCAACAUGGCUAUGGCUCGCAAGCUGGUUUCGGUGGUCAAUCAGGAUAUGGUGGACCAGCACCAGGUUACGGUCAAGGACCACCACAUGGGGGUCCACCAGGUGGCUAUGGACAACAAGCUGGCUACGGAGGCCCUGCUUAUGGUGCACCAAGCGGUCCCUAUGGCGGCCCUGGCAACUAUGAUCAACAUCAGCACAACCAGUAUGGUGGUGCUCCUACGCAUGCUAACCAAUAUGGUGGUGGAGGCCAGCAGUAUCCUCCUCCUCCUGGUCAGCACCAGGCUGGCUACGGUGGCCCUCCAGGUGGUCACCAUACACCGCAGCCUGGUUGGCAGUAAACUCGUCGUAUCCUGGUUUGCUGAGUCGUGCGCCGAUACACGGACGAAGGAUACACAAAACUUACGGUUGCGACAGAGUGAGGCCGCGAUGCGAACAACAGGCGAUGCUUGGUGGCUGAGGUUUUCGGAGGUUGCUAGAGAUACCUUUCUGAACUGUGUAGAUUCAAUGACUUUGUUCUCUUCCUGUGUUCUC